AUGGGAUCUCUAUGCAGGCUGGUGGCUGUAAGUGCGUCGCUUUUCGCGGUCGCUACAGCCCAGAUCAGGGUUCGUUUGAGCCCGUCCACUGUUAACGUCCUCUCUGAACCCGACUUUCACACUUGGACUAUUGAAAACGAAAGUCAGAAUGCGUCCAUGACGGUUGACUCUCUCGAUUUUACCUUGUCCGCCUCGUCCAAUUCAGACUUAGAAGGCAACAGCUACAAAUAUCAGUAUACCCGGCCCGUCUCCCAUCUCGGAGAAAGAGUCGUCAACCAAGGGAUUACCACCUCCAGUGAUAACCCCGGACCCAUUACGUUGACCAUCCAAGGCCUGGAGUCAGGGGAGCACACUCUCUUGACCUGGCAUAAUGCUUGGGACUCUUUAGAUUCCACUGCACUCAUUUCUGUCUCGGUGGGCGGUGAAGAUAAGGCUUCAGACAUCAAGCAGUCCAUUCGAGUCGACAAUAUUUGGGAGGCCGCAACGUCUUAUGUGACAUUUACCGUAGACUCCGCCGAUCAAGGGGUAGAAGUCGUAUACACUCCCUCCGGCGCCGACGGACUUGUUUAUCUCAAUGGCUUCGAAAUUGACACGCCCGCCUUGAAAGAUCAAAUCUCAUUCCCUUCUCCACCGCAUCGUGACGAGCACCUUGAGCUCGGCGAUGAGGAGAGUAUCACAGCAACCUGGAGAGCAUCAUCUUCUGGGGAUUCAGUCACUUACAAUGUCUAUAUGGGAAAUUCGUCUGAUGCCCUAAAUGUUGUCAAAGAAGGGCUGAGCGAAACGCAGGUCGUCCUAUCAGGGCUAAACACAAUGGACACUUUCUACUGGCGUGUUGAUGUGGUCUCUGGGGAGAGUACAUACACAGGUCGGACAUUCAUGUUUCGGCUCGCGCAAUUGGCAUUCCCGGGAGCCGAGGGAUAUGGUCGCUUUGCUCGUGGUGGUCGCGGUGGUAAAGUUAUCAAAGUCACCAGCCUGGAGGACAGCGAGGAGCCAGGGACACUGCGUUACGCGCUGGCCGUCGCGACUGGUCCCCGGAUCGUCGUAUUUGACGUGGGUGGAGUCAUAACGAUCGAUUCACGUCUAACGGUGAGUGACAGCUAUGUGACCGUGGCCGGUCAAACGGCACCUGGCAAGGGCAUCGCCGUCCAAGGCCACCCAUUAGGUCUCUCUGGUGCAUCCGAUGUGAUCUUCAGGCAUGUGCGGGUCAGACCUGGGACUAGCUCGAACGAAACGGUCGAUGGCAUGGGCAUGGCGGGAUCGAACUACUGUAUUCUUGAUCGCUGUUCAAUGGGAUGGGCAAUCGACGAAUGCUUCUCGUCACGCACUGCCCAUAACAUCACCUUUCAGCGCAACAUGAUUUCAGAACCUCUCAACGUCGCUGGACACAAGAACUACCCUGCUGGGACAGCCCAUGGGUAUGCAGCAACCAUUGGCGGCGAUGUCGGUUCCUUCCACCACAACCUGAUUAGCCAUGCGGAAGGCCGGAGCUGGAGCAUGGGUGGCGGUGUCGACGACAACUCGACCUUCGCUGGCCGCCUCGAUAUUCGAAAUAACGUGGUGUACAACUUCGGCUCUCGUGUCACCGAUGGUGGUGCUAAGGAAGUGAACUUCGUUGGCAAUCUGUACAAGCAGGGCCCUGCUAGUGAACUAACAUAUGAUCUGAAAGCUACGUACGAGGAUAACCUGCCUGGAACCCAACAGUAUCACUGUACUGGGAACUCAAUGCCCGACGUAUUUGACCAGGAUUCCGUUCAAUACCCACCUGGAGAUGGUACAGGACAGACCUCUAAGAUCGCCUGCUUUGCCGACGUCAGUAUUGAUCCGGCGCCUGAGUACCAAAAAUUCUUCGAUGAACCUUUCUUUCCCUCGUACAUCGAAGAGCAUACCUCUACAGAGGCGUACAAGCGUGUGCUCUCUGACAGUGGUGCGAGUCAGCCCGUGGUCGAUGACCAUGACAAGCGUAUCAUCCAGGAGACACUGAAUGGAACCGCCACGUACAGCGGCUCGAAGACCGGAAAGCCCGGACUGAUUGACAACGAAGCGGAUGUAGGUGGACUCGAAGAAUUCUCAACCACUACGCGGCCGACAAGCUGGGAUGCGAACGACGAUGGUAUUGCCGAUUGGUGGGACGGUUCCACUGGUGGAGAUGGCUAUACGACCAUUGAAGGCUACAUCAAUUUUAUGGCGGACCCACAUGUGUUUGUGGCACCAGGAGCAUCGGUCCAGUACGAUUUGGCCGCUCUGGCUGGCGGAUUUUCUAAACCAGCUUUCGAGGUAUCCGGCGGGGAGUUAGGCUCAGUCUCUGCAGCAGAUACAGUGGCAACGUACACUGCCGGUGACAAAGCUGGGGUAGACCGAUUCAAUGUGACCAUUUCAGAUGACGAGGGCAGUACAUGGGAGAGGUCAGUGGGCGUCGCGAUUUUUGAGGGCGCUGAUUCUGUGGAAUGA